UCGAGAGGAAACCGAAAUCGGCCCAGAUUCAGAUGGAGUUGUUACUGUUUCAAUCGAUGAAAGUAUCCCUAAAAAAGGUCGCACAUCUAAGAAUUCUUUAUCUAAGGAUCAAGAAGCUGUAAAAACAGUUUCGGAAGCUACUAGCGGUGAUGAUAUUGAUGAAGAUGGUAAUGGUGAUGAAUGCCGCCUAUGUGGCAUGGAUGGGACGUUAAUUUGCUGCGAUAGAUGCCCGUCAUCGUAUCACUCCCAAUGUAUAGGAAUGAUGAAACUGUCUAUUCCUGAAGGGGAGUGGUAUUGUCCAGAGUGUACGAUUAAUAGAAUCGGGCCGGUUGUUACCAAGACAACGUCCCUUAGAGGAGCUGAGUUUUUCGGGAUUGAUCCUUAUGAGCAAGUGUUUUUGGGCUCUUGUGAUCAUCUGUUAGUGAUGAAAGCUUCUACAAGUUCAGGCUCACAUAUUCAUUACUAUUCUUCCGUUGAUAUACCAAAAGUUUUGCAGUCACUUACUUCCUCGGCUGAGUAUACAGCUUUAUCCCUGACCCCAUUGGAAUAG